AUGACUGGUGGUGACAUUGACCUCGAAAUUCGUGAGAAUCCGAAUACAUUCUCACAGGUUAAUGAAAUUCAUUCUCCCGGUGAUGAUUAUGACCUUCAAAUCAAGGGUCAAGUAAAGAUGACGUUUGUCAAAAACAAGGUUUCUCAAGCCUUCCAAAAAUCACCGCAUGCAACAUCAAAGAAGACCAUUGAUAAAUUGUUAUCGAAAUCUUUGGCGAGAUCUUUGAAAAAACGGCGCGAGCAAAGAAAAUUAAAAAAAUUAAACUCCUCAAAAAAGAAGCACAAACAUCAUGAUCGCGUAUACGAACCUUCAUGUGAUAAUGUAAAAGUUUACGACAAUGGAAAUAAAAGUGAAUAUGAGAAUUUACAAAAAAGUUUACCACCAACGUACGCUCCCGGAAAAUCAUUGGGCAUCGUAGAUAAAAACACGAAAACGUCUCCUAUGAACAUCAUGAAUCUAUUACUAGUUUCAGAUGAAGAUGACGUCACCCAAGUAUAUGGAUCAAAUAGUGAUUCAGUUUCGUCUCCGACCUCAAGUCCGCCAUCAACACCGGACUCCUCAAAUUCGUCCACUGAGCAGCAAACACCGAAAUCUCAAAAAAUCAUGUCAUCAGGGCUGAAGAGUAAGGGCAACUCCUUCGCGAGAGUGAUGAUAGAUCGUGGAAUGUCCGAACAUCCUUCAAUUCCUACGGAAUUAAGUAGUGUCAAUCUUACCAGGAUUCCAUCGACGCCGCAUUUGGAAUGGGAAGAUUUAAUUAAAAACAUUGAAAACAUGAAUCUCGACACAAGUAACUUGGACAAUAUAACCCUUAAUAUUCAAUGGAAAAGCAAUCCUUUAAAGAUCUCGCAUCUACAACGUUAUGAGUAUUUGCAUAAAACUGAAGCGGAAGUAGCUUCCCUUCUACGGCUUACACCGGUUCAAUAUUUAACCUCAAAAAACACUUUACUCUCGGCUUCACGCAGAUAUCAAGAGAGAAUGUUACCUUUUCGAAAAAGUGAUGCACAGAAGAUGCUAAAAAUGGAUGUGAACAAAGCAAGUAAGCUGUGGGAAUUCUUUCGACAGGCUAAAUGGCUCUAG